AAGAUGGCAUUUCAUCUUAGAAACUCAUUACAAAAAGAUCAAACUCCAUCACACGAAAAGGUCUUCCUUUCCCAGAACUGUAUUUUCGCAAACAAAAAAUAUGGAAAUUAAUAUAACAAGUAGGAUUUGUUUCAUCAGAGUAUUAGCUGCAUUUCUGUGAGGCUGACGAUCACCUUUUUACCAUGUCAGGAAUUAUAUGCAUAAUUCCCUCUAAUGGGUGUUACAAAUGUUCAUCCCACACUGAAAAAAGAUCACAGUUGGUAUGAGUAAUAACUUUUUUUCAUGAACAUAAACAGUUCCCCUCUAGCUCUGUACAUAACCUCCAACAUCAAUGUAACCACAGCUGUCAAGGGAGCCUCACCUCUUUCCAUGUAUAUUUUAGCUUUAAUUUUUUCCCAUGCUUUCACUCAGUGGAUUUUUUUUUCUUUUUUUUUAAAAGGGGUCUAAACCUAAACCUGUUCUCCAAUUUUGUGGGCAAAUUCAUUGCAAUAACAGAUCUCUGUGUUUAGACAUCAUUAUUAGUGUAGCAGAAAUUAGAGACCUACAUCAAGAUCUGGAGGUUUGGUGUUUUGUUUUUUGUUUUGUUUUGUUUUGUUUUGUUUUACUGAAAGAGAAUUUCAGAUCAUCAUUUCCCUCGUUCAAGGAUCCUCAAGCAGUUAAAUGAGUUCUGCUCUCCUUUUGUGAGGGCAGCAAUAGUCCCCCUCCAGCAUCUUUGGCAGGGUGUCAGGUGAGGCACUGGCAUGGCCGAUCUGAGGAUGCUCAGCAGUGAGGCAUGGUGGUGGAGGGGCACAUGUCCCCUGUGGGACCACGUACCUUCAGAGGUGAAGCCCCUUGGCCAAGCUCCUUGUGAUCCAUCAGAGGUGAAGCCUCCAUGUAACUAACCUCUGCGAUGCUCCUGUGUCCCCUCAGAGGUGAAACCUCAAUAGUGAAGCUCCCAUGUCUCCCCAAAAACGAAACAUCCGUGUCCCCUUUGUGAAGUUCCCCACGUUUCCACAGAAAUGAGAUUGGAUAUUAGGAAACAUCUCUUCUCAGAAAGAGUGGUGAGGCAGUGGCACGGGCUGCCCAGGGAGGUGCUGGAGUCACCGUCCCUGGAGGCGCUCAAGGAAUGCGAGAUGCGGCACUGAGGGACGCGGUCAGUGGGCGCGGUGGGGCUGGGUUGUGGUCGCACGAGAUGAUCUUAGUGGUCUCCACCAACGUUAGUGAUUCUGUGACUCUACGAAGCCCCCACGGUCACUCAGUGAAGCCCCACGUGCCGCCCUCCCGCCUCCGUCCCGGCCCGGCGCCGACGGACCGCGGGGACCGCAUCCCCCGAGAGACCGGCGGGCAGGGCCGGAACGCAAGCGCCGGGGCUGCCGUUUCCGGGCCGACCGGCGGCGCGGCUGCCACGGUGGGAUCUCCGGAGCGGCUGCCCGGCGCUCAGCGGCAUGGACGAGGAGGACGCGGGAGGUUUUGCUGAGCGCUGCGCACAGUGUUCAGAAGUGAACUGGGGUCUCACUGAUGGAGGCAGAUUUUAUUGCAGAACUUGCCACAAUGUUAUUGAGAGAACUCGAGAAGUUGUAAGCACCGAUGUUAUCCCUAAUGCAAGAAUCCAGACAAUCUCCAAAGGCUCUAGAAGUCAGAAGAAAGCUGAUGAAGGCUGGGAAUGGUAUGUUUGUGAAGGCUUUCAGCUGGUACUAAAGCAACAAGCUGAAGCUUUGGAAGCAUUAGGAGUGUGUCCACAAAUGAAGGAUGAAACUCUGUGCAAUUUUUGGAGGCGUUACCUUCAGAAGAGCCAACAAGCAUAUUGCAACAGACCAGCUGGUGAAACUAUCAAGACAUUAUCAGUAUGUGAUAGCAGUACAGAUAUGGACAGUGAACCAGAGCAAUCUAGCCUGCUUCAUUUUUUAUCUGUCUCUGAAAGUGACGGAGAUCUACAGACAGAUUGCAGCUAUGCCUCAUCAGCUGGCAAGGCCUCAGAAAGCACCUCUGUAUGCUCUGGGUCAGUAGAUGGUAGCUUGUACGUAAGGAAGAACCGAAAGGAGAAAUUGAGGAUGUCAAUGCCAAUGACCCUUUCGUUUUGUUACAUGGCAUUACUCUGGCUGAAAGAACCAAUGACGUUAUCUGAGCUCUUAAGGUUUGUUGUUGAAGGUCAUAUUCCAUAUUUCAAUGCUUAUCAGCACUUUCCAGAGAAGAUGAAGUUAUACGGCCUUGAUCUUAGGAUCUUUUGUGUUGAGUCAUGGCCUGUAUAUGAAGAAGUCUACAACAAAAUGAUUGAACUUGCAGCAUUUUUAGACCUGCCUCGUUUUCCAGAUAUAACAAACAACUGCUUUCUGCAUCCAGAUGUGUUGUGCAUGAAGUACUUGAUGGAAGCUAAUUUACCUGAUGAAUUGCACAACUGGACUUGUCGCGUGGUCAAAAAGACUUCUAUGGGAGAAGCGGAUUUCCUGACUCUCACGCCUGGAAAUAAAUCAGCAAGGAAAGUGAAAUAUGAUGUCCUUGCAGCAGCAGUUAUUGUGGUGGUUCUAAAGUUACUGUUUUUAUUAGAUGAUCACUAUGAGUGGUUGCUCUCAGACUUCUCCUCAGAAAGAAAGAAAAAUAACAAAGAAGGUGAAGGUGGUCCAUAUUUCGAGUUCAAAAAGUGGUACAAGGUUAUAAAAUGUACCUUGGAUGUGGAGCAAAAAAAACUGGAUGAAGAAAAAGCCAAGUAUCUGUGGAAAUGUGAGAAGCCACUGUUUUAUUCAGUCAAGAAGAAAUCUAAAAUCCUUAGGAGAAGACAAAUGGUCGAGAACUUGCAGAAUCAGUUUGGCAAGUUGUCUGGUUCAGUGCGACCUGCAGAAAGGCCAAAUCCAUCAAGUUUUCAGUUAAGCUGGUCUGAAGAAAACACAGAUGGGUCUUGUUUUCAUGGGCACAGCCUGAAGGGAAUUUUGCAAGAAAAACAUGGUUUACUUACAGCCAUCAACACUGACUAUUGGCUUUGCACAGAUGAACUAUGUAAUGAGAAAUUGUGUGGUCAUCUGGCUCACUACAGAGAAGAGGACUUUCCCAAGAGUUACCAUUUUGUACUGAGCCUUUUCUCCUUUCUUCUGAGGAUACAGCCUUCCUCCAUCCAUGAAGAGGUGUGUGUGAUAGAACACAAACUUUUUAACAAAAAACUCUAUAAAAAGCCAAGAUACAACAGGAGCCUAAGGAAGUAGAAGACCUAAAUAUUAUAGUACUAAAGCUGUGUGAAUUGGUUUGAUCCCAAACAGUGCUAUUCAAACUGAUACUGAUGCUUUUGCCUGCAUAGAAAUCUUUUGUUAAGGUUUUAGUGCUGACAUCUACUACUGCAGUUUAGCUGUAGUGUCAUGUUAUCCAUAAUUUAAGUUGCUGGUUUCCAGCCGUGAGCUACCCAGGAAACUGUUUACCAAGAUUUAUUUCCUCACUUUGUAGCAGGGCCGACAGGAAGCUAUGAAAUUACCAUUUUUUCACAUAAUUGUACAUGCUUUGAAUGUACUGGAUGGCACACUGGCAUCUAAUUGCAUUGCAAGGCUUUGCAAUUAAAAUGCUGCUUAUUUUUUUACUGACUUGUAUGGCAGCAACUUCACUUCUAGAGAGUAAUGUUUACUUUGUUUUGAAAGAGUGUGUUAAUAAAUAAAAGCAGGUGGACAGUG